AUGGCUGCUCCUGCACUCGGUGUUGGUGACAUUGUGAAGGCCGCCAAACUCACUUACGAUGGCGUUGGGGCUCUACGUGAGGACGAAGAUGGUGCUCGAGCCCAUUUUCAGCAGGCAACUACCGCGAUAGCGCACCGCACACGAGCGGUUGAGGACCUGAUCAGCGAUCUCAAAGCCAACACGGGUGGCUCAAACCAAGCUGCACUCGAAGCAUAUGCUCCCCUCUUGGCAGAGGAUACUGCUUUGCAAACGAAGAUCGCGCGACUCGGACCGAGCCUUGGACGGGGCGCAAAGCCAGGUCUCCACCAUGGCAUGGGACGCAAACUGAAAUUCCACUUUGAGGACGACAAGCAGAUACGUGAGCAUCAUGAGCGCACACGUCCUGCCGUCGACGCAGCCGUGCUGCAAACUUUACGAGCGAGCACACAAGUCGUGAAAGAUUUACAUGCGAAGCAAUCAACGCGCUUUGAUGGUUUCGUCACUAACCUCGAUCGACGACUUGAUGCUCUUGAUCCUACCCCACUCCACGACAAGAUUAACGUGAGCUUGGAUGAGGUCAAACAGAUGUUCGCGACAUUGAAUUCGGCUAGUAGCGGUUGUUCAUCUACAUCAUUCCAGCCGCAGACACCCGGCGCCAAUGCUUCUCUGCUGCCGACCGCGGGCAGUGUCUCAGCGAAACAGGGCAGCCUAGCAGCCGGGCAUCCGAGGUCUCUAUCGACAGCGGCCAGUCUUUGCAGCACUCCGCGUGGAGCAGAUCAAACGCAGAUAUCCAGCGGUAAUAGCCAUCUACCGUGCUUCCAAGGACAUUGGACGCAAACGAAGGCUGGCGGCGGUUCAAUCGUCAGUCUCGACCAGCCUCUAAAAGAAGAGGCGCUCAAAUUCCUCAUCGACUGGCUCGCAGUGCUUUACGCGCUCACCGCUGUGGUCGCAUAUCAGCAACCACAGGCGCGGCGAAUUGUGAUCAGACAACUCGAAAAGGCACGCGAAGAUCCUUUUCUGGGUGCACUACUCGGAUGUCUUGUGAUUGCUCUGAUCCGAUCGCUAGCACAAGUUCAUCGUCAGAUAAUGUCAUUGGCCGAUGACAACAUCACAGUUCACUAUGCACUUGGCGAGCAACUCGGGUACGAGCGACCGCCAUGGUGGUCGGACGAAGAAGCCCGUCACACACAAAAGCGCGAAAUCGAAACACUCAUCAAGCGCACGAGGAGACUCGACAGGAACCGGCCUCCAUUAUCUCAGAUGCGUCUUCCGCAACACGGCCGAUCAGCCUCGCCACCCGAUAGCCACAUCUACAGUGCCGUGGUUGAGGGGUCUGAAGACGUGGAUGACCUUUUUGAUGCCACGGUGAAGGCCGCAGCUACAACGUCGCCGACGUGGACCCAUGCUUCAAGUGCUAGCAUCCCUCGAUCUCCCAGCCAAACUGGGUCUGCUGGUGUCUCGCGGAAGAACGACGAUGGACUCCAGUAUCGCUCUUCUCGUCACUCAGCUACCACGACCCGCCCAGGUGAUGCCGGUGAGAGCAGUGGCGACGAGAAUUGGGAUACUGAUGCUGGCGAGUGGGCGGAUUUCCAGGACCGAACCAAGCAGCACCUUGAGAAACCCGUCACUUCAGCACGGCAGACAUACGAUUAUUGGAACUCGAUGUACGAUCAGCAGACGCAUCAGUGGAAUGAUGACCUUGAUCGUCAGAGACGCGAUGACGCUGCCAGCAAUGAACGUCAUCGCGCUCGGCUAGAAGAGGACAGGCGCCGGAGGGCGCGCGAGAUGAAUGCCGAGCUCACUGCAGCUGAGGCAGCACUACUACAAGAUCGCGUUAGUCGCGAGCGCGCACAGCAAGAACGAGAUCGUCUUGCUCAUGCCGCCGAUUAUCUGCCAGGCGACGUAAUCGAAGGGGUCGAGUUCCACGAGUCUGAAGAUCGUCCUGGCGAAGGUUCUGGACCAGCGAGGGAAGCGUCUAGGAGGCCAGGACAUUCGUCAGACCACCCACAAGCCGAUAACGAGCGAUCACGGAGGUACUCUCCAUCCAGAUUACUAGCCAUGCGACCAACGUGA